AUGUCCACUCCGGCCCCUGAAGUGCCCAAGCAUCUCCCUCAGCCUCGCAACCCCGCCGCGGAACUGAGCGAAGACGACCGAGAGCUCGAAGCACUAGGCUAUGUCCCGAGCUUCAAACGCGAGUUUUCGAACCUCGCUACCAUAUCCUUCGCAUUCAGCAUCAUGGGUCUCUGUUCGUCCAUAGCGACGACGUUCAACACCCCUCUCCUGCUCGGUGGCCCAGCAUCCGUAACCUGGUGUUGGUUACUCGGGGCCUGUAUGUGCUUCACCCUCGGCUCCAGUAUUGCUGAAAUCGUGAGUGCCUUUCCCACUUGCGGCGGCCUAUACAGCGCCAGCGCGAUGCUCUGCCCUAAAGGCAGUCGAGCAAGAGUAGGCUGGGUGGUAGGCUGGCUCAACAUCCUCGGACAAGUAGCAGGCGUCUCCUCGACCGAAUUCGGGCUAGCGAACAUGAUCUGGGCAGCUGUCAGUCUCGCCACAGACGGGUCGUUCGUCGUCACCCAAGGGAUGGUCGUAGGGCUCUUUGCGGGCCUGUUAUGCCUGCAUGGUGUUUUGAACUCGCUCGCGACAAGAUAUCUGGCGCAUUUGACAAAGGGGUUCGUGUUCGUCAACCUGGGCACUACGGCAUUGAUCAUCAUCUGCCUCCUGGCGAAGACGCCUCGCUCGGAGAUGCACCCCGCAUCCUACGUCUUCGGCUCCGAAGGGAUCGUGAACCAAACCGGCGGCUGGAACACAGGCAUCGCGUUCCUCUUCGGUCUGCUCAGUGUGCAAUGGACGAUGACGGACUACGACGCUACUGCUCAUAUCAGCGAAGAAGUGCGGCGCGCGGCAUAUGCCGCUCCAGCAGCCAUCUUCAUCGCUGUGAUCGGCACUGGCGUCCUGGGUUGGAUAUUGAAUGUUGUUGUCGUGCUCUGCUCUGGCCCGUUGGAGGACCUCCCAGGCACGAGCGGGAGCGCCUUCCUACAGAUAAUGGCUAUACGACUCGGCAAGCCAGGCGCGCUCUUCCUCUGGAGCUUUGUCUGCCUGACAGCAUUCUUCGUCGUCCAAACCGCGCUCCAAGCAAACUCCCGGACGAUCUACGCCUUCUCGCGAGAUCGUGGACUCCCCGACCGGCUGUUCUUCGGGCACAUCUCGCGCACAACCCAAACUCCCCUGCGCGCAAUCUGGCUCAACACGUUCAUCGCUAUCCUCCCCGGUCUGCUAGAUCUCGCCAGCCCCAUCGCGGCAAAUGCGAUCUUCUCCCUGUGCGCUAUCGCACUCGACUCGAGUUAUGUCAUCCCUAUCAUCCUCAGGCGGCUAUACGCACACCACCCGGACGUGCAGUUCAAGCCGGGCCCGUUCUACAUGGGUGACGGGCUCCUUGGUUGGGGAGCUAAUAUCGUUUGUACACUGUGGACCGCGUUCAUCUGCGUCAUAUUCUCCAUGCCGAACGUGUUGCCCGUUACUGCAGAUAAUAUGAACUACGCGAGUGUGAUCACUGUGGGCGUGAUUGUCCUGAGCGGAGCGUGGUAUAUGAUCGAUGGUCAUAGGCACUAUCACGGCCCGCGGUCAAACUUGGAUGACGCUGAUACAGUCGGUAUAAUAACAGAUGGGCUGGAAGGGAGUAAGGAUAGCAAGGAGGAUGUGCAAGAGGCGGACGUGGAGACGAGCGUCGUCUGAGGUUUUCUGGCAAUGGGAGAUAGAAACUUCUUCGGCAAGGAUGGGGUCGGGUCCCACCAUAUACGCCGGAUUUAGCGGGGUCGAAUGUCUUGUCAUACUAAUAU